UUCUACGCCUCCUGAGUCUUCCCUCUCAGUAGUCUUGAGAUCUGUUGGUCGAGGGAGGCAAGGAUACUGAGGCCGAGAAUGAGGGUGAUGGUGCCGAGGGACUGCAAAGCCGCCGUAGGGGCCAUGAAGAAAAUGAUGAGACUCAGGGAACAACUGACAAGUUGCCAGCGAAGAAGCGCAAAACCAACAACGGCAGCGCAAGCACUGCGCCAUCGAAGAAGAAAACACGGCUUCGGCCGUCAAGCCGCAGACUCGCUCAGCUGGCCGGGCUAAAUAGGCUGUCUUGUGUUUCGGUGGACCAUGUUUCCUUUUU